AUGUUAUUUGAAAAAGAAAGAAUGACGAAUAGAAGACGAAUAAAUGUAAAUACCACGACACGAGCAGCAUUAUCCUUAUUUGGAACAACUAAAGUUGUUGAAGAGAAAUUAAAUAGAUAUCAAGAGCCAAAAAAGAUUGAAACAAAAGAAAUUCAAGGAAGUACAAAUGUUCAAAAGAAAAAGACAAGAUUUACUUUAACAGGACAACCAAUAUGUUCAUAUCCAGGAUGCUCAAAAACAACAUCUAUUAAUCCUGAUGAUUUUUGUUGUUGUUCAGUCUGUAAAAUAGCAUAUUGUGAACAACAUAAAAACAAAUUAGAAAUUAUUAUUCCAACGUUUAAGAAUUUAACAAGUAAAAAACAAGUUAUAAAACCUUAUGUUGUUUGUGAAGAUUGUAAAAUACAAGAAGAUAAUUCACUUGAUAAACAAGAAAUAGGAGUUAUAAUAAAUAAAUGGGAUUUAUUUGAACAAAAAAGAAAAUUAGUAAUUGAAUCAAUGAAAGAAGAUGAAGAACAUGUUAAGAAAGGAUUAGAACGUUUAAUUGGUAGAAUACAAAAAGGUAAAUUAUUUGGAAGAAAAGAAAAUGGAAAAAAUAAUAUUUGUCCUGUUUGUGAUGUAUUAAUGAAUGGAGCAGAUUAUAUGAAUGUUACAUGUGAUAUUUGUAUGAGAAAAUGUUGUGUAGGAUGUAGUAUUCAUACAACAAUAGCACCAACAUUAAUUAUGGGAAUUGAAGAUCCUAUGGCAGAAUAUAUUAAAGUUGUUAUUUGUAAAAGGUGUUAUAAUUGUACAAGAAGAAAAACUAACGAUACUCGUGUUGAAUUGAAAAAAAGAGACCAAACAUUGAAUAAUGCUCAUCAAAAAUUAAUUGAAUCAGAAGCAAUGUUAAAAUCACUUCUUAAACGUCUUGAAGAUGUUGUUGAUAAUUUUAAAGGAGUUGAUGAUAUUAAAUUGUUUGAACAAAAAGAAAUGUUUUAUGUAGAUGGUUUAAAUGAUGUUACUAAUAUUUUAACUCAAUUAAAAAGUCAAAAAGAUAAUUUGGACAAAGACAUGAAAAGUAUUAUGAAUAAUCUUGUUAUUGCUUACUCCUCUCUAAUCCAAAAUAGUUCUAUGAAACAUGCAGUUAUCUUUUCAAGGUAUACUACUAAAGUAAAACAAUUAAACUUAAAAUAA